GGCGCGCCGAAGGGAAUCCAAACCACAACAACAAGCCGCAGUAGAGAGUUGUCGCAGCGUAAACAUCGUCAUUUCUUCAUCGCGCACGCGCUCGCCGUCCCCUCAACAGCUGAAGCCGCUCUUAUGCCGAGGAUGGUGGUGUGUGGUCUCUCUUCAGCUCGAAAGAAUAAGUGGCUGACUAUAACCAGGGAACAAGUGCCCGCUUCCAUUCGUUGGAAAUCGCAGAGGAUGGCUCAAUUCUGAGCUCUCGAUAGUCGCUUCACCAUCUCCAAACCAGGCGACCAGGAAUCGCAUGUGAACGGAAUUACGUAGAAUUGACGAGUUGAGUGGAGUGGAGUUAUAGAAGGUGUCUAGUAGUGCGCUGAGCGUUGUUUUGACUGUUGGUGUGAGCGUGCACGUGCGUGAGUAGCUUAAAAAGGGUUAGACGCGACGGAUGCGCCGCGAUGGAGUGGUCUUGGCUACGCUACUGGUGGCAACGGCGGAUACAGCAGCAGCAGGAGGUCGAGCGGAUGCCGACGCCACCAGGGUCGCACAAUGACAGUCCCGAGGACAGCGACGCGGUGAACGGUGACCACCGGUGGCCGGCACAGGAAGAGGAGGAGGAGAACGCGAAGCAGAACGGUGUUGGCGGUGUCCGCGACGACAUUGGAGCGGUUGGAGACGUUGAACAGGAGCUGCAAGUGCUGCACCGCUACUGGAGCCAUUGGACGGGCAUGCAUGGUGAUCUGGACAUAACCGAUGGGCUCGAUUCGGACGAUUCGUCCACCUCCGGCAAACAGGUGGUGGUUGCCGUUUGCGCGAUGUCGAAGAAAUCGCAGUCGAAACCGAUGAAGGAGAUCCUGACGCGCCUGCAGGAGUUCGAGUACAUCCGGAUGGUGGUGAUCGGCGAGGAGAUCAUCCUGCAUGAGCCGGUGGAGAACUGGCCACUGUGUGACUGUCUCAUCUCGUUCCAUUCCAAGGGCUUCCCGCUCGACAAAGCCAUCCAGUACGCCCAGCUGCGCCAGCCCUACGUCAUCAACAACCUACACAUGCAGUUCGACAUUCAGGAUCGUCGCCGUGUCUAUGCCAUUCUCGAGCAGGAAGGGAUCGAGAUACCGCGUUAUGCGGUCCUCGAUCGUGAUUCGCCGGAUCCGAAGCAGCACGAGCUGGUCGAAUCGGAGGACCACGUGGAGGUGAACGGGAUCGUGUUCAACAAACCGUUCGUGGAGAAGCCGGUAUCGGCCGAGGAUCACAAUAUCUACAUCUACUAUCCGACGUCGGCGGGCGGUGGUAGCCAGCGGCUGUUCCGGAAGAUCGGCAGCCGGAGCAGUGUCUACUCGCCAGAGUCGCGCGUCCGAAAGACUGGCUCGUUCAUCUACGAGGACUUUAUGCCGACGGAUGGGACGGACGUGAAGGUGUACACGGUCGGGCCGGAUUAUGCGCACGCGGAAGCGCGCAAAAGCCCGGCGCUCGAUGGCAAGGUUGAGCGGGACAGCGACGGCAAGGAGAUUCGCUACCCGGUGAUCCUGAGCAACGCCGAAAAGCUACUGUCUCGCAAGGUGUGCCUGGCGUUCAAGCAGACGGUCUGCGGGUUCGAUCUUCUGCGCGCCAACGGCAAGUCGUUCGUGUGUGACGUAAACGGGUUCAGCUUCGUGAAGAACUCGAACAAAUACUACGACGAUUGUGCAAAGAUACUGGGUAAUAUGAUAUUGCGCGAGCUUGCGCCCCAGCUGCACAUUCCGUGGUCGGUACCGUUCCAGCUGGACGAUCCUCCGAUUGUACCGACCACGUUCGGCAAGAUGAUGGAGCUACGCUGCGUGACCGCCGUCAUACGGCACGGCGAUCGGACGCCGAAGCAGAAGAUGAAGGUAGAGGUGCGGCAUCAGAAGUUUUUCGAGAUCUUCGAAAAGUACGACGGUUACCGGUACGGCCAUAUCAAGCUCAAGCGACCGAAGCAGCUGCAGGAGAUACUGGACAUUGCCCGGUCGCUGCUGGCGGAGAUACAGACCAAGGCAGCUGACUCGGAAAUCGAAGAAAAACAAAGCAAACUGGAGCAGCUAAAGAGUGUGCUCGAGAUGUACGGCCAUUUCUCCGGCAUCAAUCGGAAGGUGCAAAUGAAGUACCAACCGAAGGGUCGGCCGCGUGGCUCUAGCUCAGACGAUGGUAAAAGUGAUUGCACAGAUGCACCAAAGGAGCCCUCGUUGGUGCUGAUCCUCAAAUGGGGCGGCGAGCUGACACCGGCUGGACGCAUACAGGCGGAGGAGCUGGGUCGCUUCUUUCGCUGCAUGUACCCCGGUGGCCAAAGCCGGCAUCCCGGCGUGAACGAGGAGGGCCCAGGUGCGCAAGGGCUCGGGCUGCUGCGUUUGCACUCCACCUUCCGGCAUGAUCUUAAGAUAUACGCGUCGGACGAGGGCCGUGUCCAGAUGACGGCAGCGGCCUUCGCUAAGGGGUUGCUCGCGCUCGAGGGCGAGCUGACGCCCAUCCUGGUACAGAUGGUGAAGAGUGCCAACACCAACGGGCUGUUGGACAAUGAUUGCGACUCGAGCAAGGUACAGAACAUGGCGAAGGCGCGCCUACACGAACUGAUGCAGAUCGAUCGGGAAUUUACGGCCGAGGACCGAGCCGCCAUCAAUCCCGGCAACGCCAUCAGCAUCAACCUGGCGAUGAACUUCGUGAAGAACCCGGUGCAGUGCUGUUCCCGCGUUCAUUCGCUCAUCCGCUCGCUGCUGGCAGUGGUCGCAGUGAAAUGCGAGGACCCGAAGACGCGCGACUCCGUGCUGUACCAUGGAGAAACGUGGGAGAUGAUGGGCCGCCGCUGGGGCAAAAUCGAGAAGGAUUUCUGCACAAAGAGUAAGAGUUACGACAUCUCCAAGAUACCGGAUAUCUACGACUGCAUCAAGUACGACCUGCAGCAUAACCAGCACACGCUGCAGUUUGAUCAGGUGGAGGAGCUGUACAUCACGGCCAAGUACCUUGCCGACAUUGUCAUUCCGCAGGAGUACGGGUUGACGGUGCACGAAAAGCUGACGAUCGGUCAGGGUAUCUGUACGCCGUUGCUGAAGAAGAUACGGGCCGAUCUGCAGCGUAAUAUUGAGGAGGCUGGUGUGAACCGGCUCAAUCCGCUGUAUAGCUACGGUGUGUCCAGUCCUGGUCGGCACGUACGGACCAGAUUGUACUUUACGAGCGAGAGCCAUGUGCACUCGCUGCUGACGGUGCUGCGGCACGGUCUGAUCAAUCAGCUUACUGACGAGCAGUGGCGCCGGGCGAUGGAGUACGUAUCGAUGGUAUCCGAACUGAAUUACAUGGCCCAGAUCGUCAUCAUGCUGUACGAAGAUCCGAUGAAGGACGUGGAGGCAGAGGAUCGCUUCCACGUGGAACUACACUUCAGCCCAGGCGUCAACUGCUGCGUGCAGAAGAACCUACCGCCAGGGCCUGGCUUUCGUCCGCAUAGCCGCAACGAUUCUGUCACCUCAAAGAACGCGAGUGGUGACGAGGAGCCAACGUCCCGCAUUGAUGAGGAGAAUGAUACGGAGGAAGAAGGCAGCUCGCUGUCGAACAGUGCCUCUUUGCAUCACACCCCGAUCAAGCUGUUGUGCCGCGGUGAACAGCAGGACACCGGUUCUUCUAAUUCCGCGAUUGUCGCUGGGUCGCAAAUGAAGGAACGCCGGACGCGAAAGGUGAAAUCGUCCUCACCGAUUCCGAUUGGCUCGUGCCAUACAGUGUCCGGUCACGAAGCAAUGGAUCUGGCAAAACGGUUGAGUGAAGAGCUCGCUGCGCAGCAGCAGCAGCAGCAACAGCAGCAGCUGCUGCUGCAUCAGUUACAGAAUCAGCAACAGCAACUGCAGCAGCAGCAGCAACAACAGCAGGAGAUGCAGCAAAGCAGUUCGUUUGGGAUGACGUUCGGUGGUUUGGGAAAGCAACAACAACAACAUCAGCAACGUUCACUUAGCCCAGAUACCGAACCUCGGGCCCGAUCGUUCGAACAUCCACAAGCGGUCCCACCGCAUCACCAGCAACGCCAUACGCAUCAUAACCAGCAGCAUCAGCAACACCACCAUCAUCAUCACCACCACUACCACCACCAUCCCCACCGAGCGAGUCAGCAUCAUCAUCGUCCGUGUGUGAGAGCCCUUCGCACGAAAUCCGCUGCCGAACAUCAUCCUUAUCAUCACCAUUCGCAGCAGCUCCAGGAGCAGACAGACGGCAGCGGCUGCAGGGCAACGACGACUACGAUGACGACCACGACGACGACGAUGACGACCCAGCCGACGGUGUCGACGACGACGGAGGCAACAACCACCGCAGUCGCAGCGGGGACGGCGCCGCUAGCGCCGGUAGCGCCAGUGACAGAAUCGACAGCGGCGGUAGCGGUGGCAGGUGGUGACAAUCAGGACGGGGGACGUACCAGCCGCCGGAACAGUGGAACCACCGGAGCAACCGGAAUCGAUUGCUGCUGCGGUGCUGGUACGGUGCUGGAUGACGAUGGAACCACCGGUGGCAUAGCCACUGCCAUCCCGUCGGCCUCCAGCCGUGGCUCGCUGUCAUACCACUCGUGUUGUCACUGCUGCUGCUGCUGCUGUUACUGCUACGGCUGUGGCGGCCCCUUUGCGCCCUCGUCGUCGACCCUGGCUGGGCCAAGGACCACCGGCGUGACGGCGGCGGCGGCGACGGCGUCGGUGACGGUACCGACGGCGGUUCGACGCCAGCGGCACAGCAUUGCCGGCCAGAUGAGCUACUUUAAAAUGCUAGGUACCUUCAGCAAGAAGAUGGCAACCAGCACCAACAGCUUGUUUAGUACCGCCGUCAUUAGUGGCAGCUCCUCAGCGCCUAAUCUGCGCGAUAUGGUCCCGAGCACCGCUUCGCCGUCAGGAUUUGGUGGGGUUCCACCGAUUCGCCCAUUGGAAACGCUGCACAACGCGUUAUCCCUCCGACAAUUGGACAACUUCCUCGAGCGGAUGACGGUGGGGCCGCUGUUCAAGACGCCCGCCUCUUCGCCACCACCGAAGCUCCCUUCGGGGACGGGGUCGGUACAGGGGACGGCCUCCGGGACGCUGGGGCUGGCAGCUACCACGUCGCCAACAAACCCCAUCGUCGCCACCACUACGACCAACACCGACACCGUUGUCGCCUUGGAUGAGGAAGAGCUACACGGUUAUGAUCAAUCGUUCGGGAGAGCGGUGCGCUGCAGCAACAACACCCCGCUGGGGACGACGCCUCAACCAGCGUCGGCAGUCGUCUCGGGACCGAUUGGUGGAUCAGUUGCUGGCGCUACCGGUAUUGCUAGCACGACCCCUGCUCUCCAGAGCUGGAGCGAUCAUUCGGGCAGCAUGACGAGCAGCGUCAGCGCCCUGUCCAGCGGUGGACCAUCGUCGCCGAACUUCUCGGAGGUGUGCUCGCGGGGUGGUUGCCCCAGCAGUGACAUGUCGGCCAGCAUCACCAGCAUCGAUGGCAGUCUUGCGGCUGGGAGUGGCACCGGUAGCGAGCAACAACAGCAGCAGCAGCAGCUGGUGGGAUGUAUAUUCGCCCUCUUUGGGCAUCCGUCGUCGGCUGGGAUGAGGCAUACCCCGGGCUCGGUGCCGGGAGUCGGUGCGCCAGAACCACAGGAAGAUUCGGAGGUGCUUGGUGGAGGUUCGACAAGCGAGAUCGGUGCCGAUCUGACACCGGUCAGCGUUUGUUCCGACUGGGACAACACGGCCGAUGCAACCAAGGGCUCGUGCAACACCACCAACAAUGAUCUUACAACAACCGAGGAGGACGACGAGGAUGCGACCAUCUCUACCGACACGUGUUUGAGUACGGGAACGACUAGUGAGCAGCUAGCGGCAAUGAUCAGCGAGCCCGUUGCAGCAAGCAAAGAUCGGGCCACUAACGAAGAGGAGUCGUCCAAGCAGAUGUCCGCCGAGCAGUGUUCCCGGCGAACCCGGGGCAGUCGGAUCCAGCGACAGAUCAGCCUGUACGAACAGGACAGCCAAGCAGGAGGGGGAACAGGGAAGAAACUGACCCAUCACUGGGAUGGGCAGCAGCAGGGCCAUCGGGAAGCAACCGCGCGACGUAUGCACAUGUCCUUCGAGGAACUGCCCCCACGGGCUGAAGCCCACGAGCGGAACCUAGCGAGAGGUGGCGGCAGCAGCAACAUCAGCAUCAACUCGCUCCAACAGAAGCAUCUCAAGUCAUUCGGACCACCGGUGGGCGUCGCUAACAGCGCUUCAUCACCACCACCAACAACAGCACAAACACCGAUAACACCCGGUGCGUUGCUUAUCCGCGAGGGCUUCAUCGAACCGCCGCGCUUGACACGCGUAACGAAGAGCUUCCACGGCAAGACGGGCCAUCAGAUGGAGCAGCUACAGCAGCAGCAGCAGCAGCAGCAGCAACAGUGGCAAUGGUUCGGUGCUGAAGGUGGGCCCAAUGCCGGUGGAAGCACUAACCGGCUCCAGAAGAGCCCAGAUGCCAGUCAGUAUAGCACUGGUGGGGCUGGUGGCGGUUCUAGCGGCAGCCUUCAGCAGCAAGGUCGGUUCACAAUGUCGGUUGUGCAGGAGCCGGUAAAGCCAAUCGGUACCAGUAUCAGCGAAAGCCGUCUGCCCCCACCUACCGGUGGGCAAUCGAAACAGGGAGCCAAAUAGUGAUACAUUUGUGUAUUUUGAAUACACCGAUGGUUGGGCCGAAAGAAUAGGG